AUGAUGAGUUCACACGCUGUGGCUUCUAAUAUUGCAGGCGUGGAUAAUGAUUUAAGGCGCUACUUUGGUGAACCCUUUAGUGCUCCUCAAGCUUCCCCAAGGCUGGUGCGUUGGCUUCCCCGUGUUGGUGAUAACUUGGUGGUUAAUGUCGAUGGUAAUGUGUGGGACAUCACAAGAGGAGGUGGGUUUACUGGCGGCUUCCGUAGUAGCUUUAGCCGGCGGUUUGGCAGAUUCUAUGGCUUCCAAGAUGACCCAAAUAUCUUGCAUCUUGAGCUGCUUGCUAUCUAUUAUGGGUUGAGUUCGGCUUGGGACCGUGGUGCUCGUACUGUGAAAUGUCAAUCUGACUCUCUAGACGCAGUUACCUUGGUGAAUUCCUCUCCUUCUUCUUCAAAACAUAUUUAUGCUUCUCUCAUUUAG